CCUCCUCCGGAUCUUCCGUCUCUUUUGUUGCAUAAUCGCAUCGUCUACAUCGGCAUGCCUCUCGUUCCCGCAGUAACUGAGUUGGUGAUUGCGGAGUUAUUGUACCUCAACUACGAAUCCACCACGGAACCCAUUACGAUGUACAUUAAUUCCAGCGGCACGUCGACGGCGAACGGUCAAGCGGUGGGCUUCGAAACGGAGGCCUUCGCCAUUGCCGACGUCAUGAAGUACGUGCGACCUCCGGUGCACACGGUAGCGUUGGGACAGGCCUUUGGAGCGGCCGCCAUGUUGUUGAGUCAGGGCAAGCGCGGGUCGCGCUUCGCGUUGCCGAACGCAACCAUCCUUCUCAAUCAGCCCAAAUCGCAGGCGCGUGGACAAGCGUCCGAUAUCGCCAUUAAAGCCCGGGAAGUUGCGCACAACCGGCGUACCACCUGUGAACUGAUCGCGUCAGCGUGUGGCAAGCCCGUGGAAACUGUUAUGGAAGACUGCUCCAGGGUCAAGUACUUGCAGCCGCACGAAGCGGUCGAGUACGGUCUGAUUGAUGCCGUGGUGGAAAACGAAGCCCUGGCGGUGAAGCCGUCCUUCAUGUCACGAAUUUAA